GCAUGCACAGCCCCAAACUCGCGCAGAGCAAGCAAGCAAAAAAGUGAUCACCAACCUCUUCUUCAUUCGAAAAAGUUUCAUCGUUCUUCUUCCUGAAGACCAGCCAGCAAAAACAAACACGAAUAAGCAACGAAACAACAGAGAAAGAAAAGAAUUGAUCAGAAAUGACCGGAGACAAGAUAAUCACGAUUUCACCGAAUACCAAUCAACCGAUACUAGAAAGAGUCGAACCAACGAAAGCAGAACUAGAAGGACUACUCAACAACUCACUCAACGCAUUCAAAGAAUAUUCUAAAACUACAGAUUUAAGUCAACGCCAGACGAUCGUCAAGAAAGCCUUGGGUUUAUUGAGCUCAAAGCAAGAUGAAUUGGCUCGAGAAUUGACCGAGCAGAUGGGCAGACCGAUUGCUUAUACCGCUAAAGAAAUCCAAACGGCCGUCAACCGAUCCGAAUAUUUACUCAAGAUCAGUGAUAAAAUCUUCGCUGAUACGCCCGGUGAACCGGAGCAGGGAUUCAAGCGAUACAUUCGCAAGGAACCCGUCGGACCGGUCUUGAUUAUUUUUGCUUGGAAUUAUCCAUACCUCAUCUUAGUCAACUCAUUGAUCCCAGCCCUGCUUGCAGGAAACUCGGUGAUCUUGAAGCCAUCGCCCCAAACACCGACGAUCGCGGAGCAUUUCCGAUCGAUCUUCAUUGAGGCGGGCUUACCAAAGGAUGUGAUCACGUUUUUCCAUUCGGGAGGGAUGCACUCGAAGAUCCCCCAGAUUGCGAUCCGGUCUCCAUUGGUGAAACUGAUCUGUUUCACGGGCUCGGUGGAGGGCGGAUUGGCGGUGCAGACGGCCGCGGCCGGUCGGGUAGUCCCAGUGGGCUUAGAACUCGGCGGCAAGGACCCGGCAUACAUCCGGCAGGACGUCGAUCUGGACUGGGCCGCCUCCGAAAUCGUCGAUGGCGCGCUCUUCAACUCCGGCCAAUCCUGUUGUAGCGUCGAACGCGUCUAUGUCCACGAAUCGAUCUGCCAACAGUUCGUUCUGGCCAUCCAGACCGUCUUGAAAUCUUACCGACUCGGCGAUCCCUUCGAUCCCAAGACUCAUCUCGGACCCGUCAUCAGCUCUCAAAGCCGGAAAGUCAUCGAGGAACAAAUCAAAGACGCUGUUCGAGAAGGCGCUAAAGACGUGACUCCUGAGAACGACAGUUUUACCAAUCUACCAGCCCACGGUAACUUCAUCAAACCGACUCUAUUGGUUAAUGUGAACCAUCAGAUGAGGGUGAUGAAGGAAGAAACCUUUGGCCCAGUGAUCCCGGUGAUGUCUGUCAAAGAUGACCAGGAAGCCAUCGAACUAAUGAAUGAUAGCGAAUUCGGCUUGACUGCAAGCAUAUGGACUAAAGACCUCAAACUAGCCGAAGAACUCACCCAAGAGAUCGAGGCGGGGACGGUGUUCGUUAAUCGAUGCGAUUUCCCGGCCGCGGAUCUCGCGUGGACCGGCUGGAAAAACUCGGGCAAAGGGGUCACUUUGAGUCAAUUCGGAUUCGACCAAUUCACUAAGUUGAAAAGCAUCCAUCUGAAAUCGUAUCCCAAGUGACUUCCUUGCUCUGUUUUUGCUUUCCUCACAUCCAAUAUACAAUCCUUUCUCGACUCUUACACCUUAGAUACAAGUGUAUCUGCGAUCCCUUCAUCUCGAGAAAUGUGCAGGAGAAUGUGAAAUAAGUACUAGUAGUUAUAACUCCAUGUCAAUCAACUUAUCUGACUGCUCCCCUUGCAAUGCCUAUGCAUCUCCUCCUCCUGUAUACUACAUACUACUUUAUUGGUAUAAAAUCAAAAUCGUCCUGAUGUUUCAAUUUGAAUCGUAAAUAAAGUGACAAAUCUUUUGAGUGGAGUGGAGUCAAUGCCAUCAUGCGACAAGCUAAUCAUUCAAA